AUGCCGUGGCUGAGCAAGUUUGAUAGUAGACUAGCCAUAUUGGUGAGCUCUGGGUCUGAUGGGGAGACCCUGAGCUCUGGGUCUGAUGGGGAGACCCUGAGGUCUGGGCCUGAUGGGGAGACCCCAAGCUCUGGGUUUGAUGGGGAGACCCUGAGGUCUGGAUCUGAUGAGGAGACCCCGAGGUCUGGGUCUGAUGGGGAGACCCUGAGCUCUGGGUCUGAUGAGGAGACCCCGAGGUCUGGGUCUGAUGGGGAGACCCUGAGCUCUGGGUUUGAUGGGGAGACCCUGAGCUCUGGGUUUGAUGGGGAGACCCUGAGCUCUGGGUCUGAUGGGGAGACCCCGAGGUCUGGGUCUGAUGGGGAGACCCCGAGGUCUGGGUCUGAUGGGGAGACCCUGAGGUCUGGGUUUGAUGGGGUGACCCCGAGGUCUGAGUUUGAUGGGGAGACCCCCUUCACUGAAUGA